AUGAAGAGUGUUAAGAACAUCCAGAAAAUUAUGAAGGCUAUGAAGAUGGUUGCCGCCUCUAAGCUGCGAGCAAUUCAAACUAAAGCUGAAAAUUCUUGUGGUCUAUGGCAGCCCUUCACCGCCCUUCUUGGUGACACACCAAGUUUUGACAUCAAGAAGAAUGUUGUCGUAACAAUUUCAUCAGGCAAAGGUCCUGAAAAGUUAAGCAAAUAUGUCGUUUUGGGAGAAAAGGCCAAGGCUCAACUGGUGCGUGACUCAAAGAAAGACAUUGAAAUAUCCAUAACAGAAUUGCAGAAGAAUCCUCUGAAUUAUACCCAGGCGAGUUUCUUGUAUUUAUUGCCUCAUAUAUUUGUUAUAUGCUAUAUUAGGGCGGCACAAUGCUACUACGGGAUCUGGGGAGUGUUGGAAGUAUGCAGUCUCAUCACGCUAGUUGAAACUUUGGUCACAAUGGAGCAACCUUAG